CAGAAACUGCUACGUGUAGACUUUUUCCUUUCAACGUGAAAGCUUCAGCUGUAGCUUGCAAUGCUUUUCCCUUUGUUUACACUGCUAUUUCCUUAUGCUUUACCCGGCGUAUUUCCUCACCAGGACUGUGGGAGUACACGCGCGAUCUGCACCGAUCACUGCCUCUGCAUUUUUAAACCACAUAUAUGUUAGGGCUGUCAGAAGACACUUACAAGGAUUCUAUUUUUAUUGCGUUUUGAAAGCUUUGAUGAUGCGCUCGCACUCUUUGAAGAUGAGAUCUCCACAGGACACAGUUUUUGGGUGAAAUUUGGAGUCUUGUUUAUUUCUGAUCGGGGACUCGAAGAAUCAACCUGUUACAUCUUUUGAGCUUUGGGGCGUUCUUUUCUGCAGGUCUUAGACAAAUCGCUCUCUAUCGUCGCAUUAAUGAUGCUGAAAGUUUGUUGAAAACACGAUAGAGUUUAGAGAACGCUUUGAAGAUUUAAAGAGUACACAUCGCCUAACUGGAUUUGAUAUUAAUUAAGCAGUGGAGCCUGGUUAUAAAAAUCCCAAUGUUAUUGCUAUUCAUAUUGGUUACAGUGUUUGGAGACUUUCGCCUUCAUGGCACCAAAGCUCAAGGUGGAUCUAUUAAAGCUUUGCGAUCCUCUACCAUACAGAGAGAUGGGACCAAAGCACUUUCUGAAAUAAGGACAAGAAGAGAGGAUAGACAGCGAACAGAGAGCAAUCACCUCACAGCAAUUUAUCGGCAAGAAGAUACAAUCAAUGUCGUGAAUAAUGGAUUUAUACAGAGUCCACGAUUUCCUCUCAACUAUCCAAGGAGCAUUUUAUUGACGUGGAGAUUGCUGUCUCCUGAAAACACAAGGAUACAGUUGGUGUUCGAUACUCGCUUUGGGCUGGAGGAACCAGAAAAUGAUAUUUGCAGGUAUGACUUUGUAGAGGUGGAAGAUAUCUCUGACACAAACCGAAUUAUUCGUGGAAGAUGGUGUGGAAAUAAGGAGGUUCCCCCAAGACUAAUAUCAAAAAGCAAUAGGCUCAGGAUAACCUUUAAAUCAGAUGAAUAUUUUGUGGCCAAACCUGGAUUUCGCAUUUAUUACUCUCCAGUGGAAGUGGACGAUUUACAGCCUCAGCCCUCCAAAUCGAACUGGGAGGUGGUCACAAGUUCUGUAUCGGGGCCAGUAUGGCAUUCCUCAGCAGUUACUGAUUCACCAUUGACUGCAGAGUCUUUGGAUGAGGCUAUUGCUGGAUUUGAUACAAUAGAAGAACUUCUGAGGCAUUUAGAUCCAGAAUUCUGGGAAGAAGACUUGAACAAUAUUUUUCAAGCAACACCCCGGUUUCGUGGAAGAACAUUUCAUCAUCAACGGAAAACCAAAGCUGACCUGAACAGAAUGAAUAGUGAUGUUAAACGCUACAGCUGUACGCCACGAAACUACUCAGUUAACCUUCGAGAAGAGCUCAAACAAACGAAUGCAGUCUUCUUCCCUCGCUGCCUCCUUGUUCAACGUUGUGGGGGGAACUGUGCCUGUGGUACUGAACACUGGCGAUCCUGCAACUGCAUGCCAGCCAAAACCAUUAUGAAGUAUCAUGAGGUGUUGAGAUUUAUUCCUGAACCAGGUCAGCCGCGCAGGAGGGGCAGAAACAAGACCAUGGCCCUUAUCGACAUCCAAUUGGAGCAUCAUGAACGCUGUGACUGCAUUUGCAGCUCCAGGCCACCACGAUAAGUUAAGAAUUGGAUUGCUGAUAGAGGCUGUUAAGGACCUUAUUUUUUAACAGGAUUGCAUUUGUGUACAGAUGAUUGCUGACACCUGAGUUAAUGUUUUCCAACAUUACAGAAAGUAAUUAACUGCUGCGCUUGAAUAUAUUCUUUAAUUAGCAUUGUGGCAGCCAGACUUUCAUAAUAAUGCCUUGCUUAUUGUAGUCAGAAUAUCAUAAAACUGAGUUUUAUUAAUUUGACUAGAUUUAAUGCAGAAACAACCUUCAACUAUUUUUCUAAUGUUCAGAUUAUCAUCUCAAUCAGUUUACUGGAUUUAAGUCUGAGAACAUGUCAAUUGUAAAGCAAUGUUUAAAGACAAAGUAAUUAUUGGAUGUUGAAGAAGGAAGUUAAUCCACAGAUAUGGCUUUCCUAUUAUCAGAAGCACCUUGAAAGUUUCACAUUGUAACAACAAUUUCAGAUUAAAUGUGAAACUGCUUUAUGCAAAGCGUUUUUUUGAGACUAUUUGGGGUCAAAGUGUUUCUCAGGCAAUGUUUGUUAAUGCUUCAAUUCCUUUCAACUACUUUCAUCACUAAACAUGUAAAUGAUAUUUAAAUGCAAGUUUUCAAAUAUUGUUGGCCAAGCAAGUUCUUCUGUCUGUUACAUUUUUUGUUUUAUUUUGCGAUACAUGGCACAUCACAUGAUGAUUAACCUCCACAAUCUUCUUAAAAGGCAGAAUCUCUUUUUUAAAUGAAGUAUGAUUUACUUGUACUGGCAAUGUGCCUUGGUUCAAUCAAGCCUGAUCGUAAAACUUACUUUGAUCUGAUCUUCCAGAUCUUUGAAAUAUCAAAAGCAUCCUUCAGUAGAAAAAGUGAAUGCAUUUUUGCUGAAUGAAAUAGACUCCAAUGUGGUUAGUAACUGCACGAAACAGUGGCUGAAGCAAAUGACUUCAAUUUAAAACUGAAGUCAUUCAGCUUCAUUCUAUUGUAGGUGAAUAUACUUGGUCUAAUAUGUUCCACUCUCAUUUAUAAUUACAGCAGUCUUCAAGUAAUAGACAUCCAAAUCAAUAUGAUUGUCCAUUAAAGGCACCAGGCCUGUUAUGCCUCACCUGUUCAAUUCAGAUCUUAAUCUGAGCACAAGAACAAUUGCUUCGGCUAUUUUCUAAGUUUAUGACCAGUACUUACAUCCAUUUUAAUGGAUGUAGUGUAUGAUAGAGAGCAAUUAUGCCAUUUUAUCCUCACAUCAAAAGUCACUUGCCCAUUGUCAAUACCAAUUACCUGUGAAUCAUACUUGCUGGAGAAGCUAAGCAAAGGGAAAGAAGGAUAUUACAUUCUGGCGAUGACUAUUAAUGUCUUCAAUGGACAAGCAUAUUUGAAAAUCCUGUGAGAUUCAAAGAUUUUGGAAUAACUCAAAAAUGAAAAACUUUAAAGCCAAUUGAAUUUAUACUGUUCUAUUAAGAAUCGUGCAAGGCAAUUUCAUAAUCUUUUAGAAUUAAUGGUGAAGAAUUUUGAACAAUGCAAGUACAAAUCAAUUAAUUAAUGGAAUGGAUUUCACAUGAGGAGUUUCGCAUUCUACCUUUCAAUAGUGCUGCCUGCUUAGGAUCAUGUACCUAUAAAGCUCUCUGCACCUUAUAGAUUAAUGCAAUAUUAUCUUUCAAAUUCAUAUCCCAAAUCACCCUUUUUGGAGAUUUUUCAGAGUCAUCCAUCACAGUUACAAGUUACUAAAUAAGCAACAGAAAGUGAUUUUCUUAAGAAAGUUCAUUUUAUCUUAGGAAUAGACAAUUUUUAGUUUCCUGUAAGUUGUAUAAUAAUAUGCUGUGCUCCAAUAUUAGUACGCUUUCAGUACUGCAAGGCUUAAUGGCCUUUAGAACAAUUCCACAGGGUCCUGGGAUACUGAUUUUGUUCUUGUGUAAUAAGAACACAAUCUCCUAAAGUGCAAUUCUUGCAUUUUAACACAACUUAUUUUUGAAUAUAUAUAUAGCAUUUCAAACAGCUUCUUUUGUUUUUGUAUGUAUUAUUAUGAUUAGAAUUAUGAUGUGUUCUUUGUUUUGAUGGAAUGUAAAGAUUGGUUGAGAAAGGGAAUUGUAGAGGAUUAUUUUUUGUUAUAAAAUAAACUAAAAUUUUCAACUUUA